ACGCUGCGGCGGCAGUGUGUUGAUUAACAGUGUCUGUUUAACUGACCAUACCAGGUAUAACUAUAACAAUAUUAUUAAACGUGCAGCGACGGUCUUCAUCAUUUUUAUAAUAUAUUAUUAUUAUAACAACAGAAAAAGUGUACUUAUACCUAAGAAAUUAUUUGUUUGACUCAGUGAAUUUAUAAAGUUUCAAUUUUUUUUUCCAUUUGAAAAUUUUUUGUUUUGUUUCUGUUACGUUUUCAGUUAAAAAACGAUUCGUAUUCUAUCAAAUGUCGGUUUAUUAUUGUAAAAAUAACUGUUGUUAAACUAAAUUUGUGAACUUGUUUAUUGCUGUAAGUUAAAUUACCUGCCAUUUACGAUGGCAAACAAUCGAAAAUUGGUAAAAUUGUUAUUGGUGGUCAAUAUCGUGAACAUUUGUAUCGAUUUUACAUCGACGAGGUCUCCGGGUCUUCAUCAAAAUAAAAAAUUGCCGAAUAAAGCAGAGGAAUCCCAAUCAGUUGAAGCUGAAGUAGCACCUGAAGUAUCGGAUGUAGGAGACAGUAACGAUGAUCCGAAUGACGUACCGCCAGAAAACGGUAGAUUAAACAUGAAACGACGACCCAACGGUUGUCCGUUUUGCGAUUCUAGUGUAUACAGUUACUGCUCCGACAAAUUAUUGCAUGACGCCUGUUGUUGCUUGGAUCCACACGAUACAGAUUUACCAAAUGAAUGCCAAUUCGCGGAUUGUAGUUUUCUUCACUCAAAUACUUGCCGAGAACAUCGUCUGAUCACUGCUUGUUGUUGUAAUCAGUUCCUAGCGCAUAAAAAGUAAACUUAUCAUAACUAUACAUUGUUACAGUUAUACAUUUUGUUAAACCAAAUCAAUCAACAAACAAAUCAACUUUUUACAAAUAAAAUUUUUAAAUGUUUGACAAAUGGAUUGAUGUUAAGUAUCAAUAGUCUUUAUAUUUUAAAUCUUCAA